AUGUCAUUCCAAAAAACAAUGUCUCCUCAACAUCAAAAUUCAUUGAAUUCAAUUCAAACAAUUCCAACUAAAACUAAUACUGAAAGUUUAAAUUUUAUAAAUUUUAAUCAAGAUGGUAGUUGUAUAUCUAUAGGUACUGAUAAAGGUUAUAAAAUAUUCAAUUGUGAACCUUUUGGGAAAUGUUAUUCAAGAUUAGAUGGUGGUAUUGGAAUAGUGGAAAUGCUUUAUUGUACUUCAUUAAUUGCUAUUGUUGGUAUUGGUGAUCAACCUUCAAUGACUCCAAGAAGAUUGAAAAUUAUAAAUACAAAGAGACAUUCCACUAUAUGUGAAUUAACAUUCCCAACAACUAUUCUAAGUGUUAAAUUAAAUAAAUCAAGAUUAAUUGUAUUAUUAGAAGAACAAAUUUAUAUUUAUGAUAUAAAUAAUAUGAAAUUAUUACAUACAAUUGAAACUUCACCAAAUCCAAAUGGUUUAAUUGCAUUAAGUCCAACUAUUGAUAAUAAUUUCUUAGCUUAUCCUUCACCUCCAAAGAUUAAUACAAUUUUUUCAAAUACAUCAACUGGAGUUAAUGGACUGAAUUUAUCAUCAAAUAAUAAUGGGAAUGUUAUUAAUAAUGAAUUAACUGGAUUAAAUAGUAAUAAUUUGAAUGGUAAAAAUUCAAAUCAAUCAAAUAGAAAUGGUGAUGUUAUUAUUUUCAAUGCUCAAACUUUACAACCUCUUGUUGUUGUGGAAGCUCAUAAAACUACAUUAGCUGCUUUAUCAAUAAGUCAUGAUGGUACAUUAUUAGCAACAGCUUCAGAUAAGGGAACUAUAGUACGAGUUUUUUCAAUUGAAACAGGUGUUAAAUUAUAUCAAUUUAGAAGAGGAACUUAUCCAACCAAGAUUUAUUCAUUGAGUUUUAGUCAAGAUAAUAAAUUUUUAACUGCAAGUUCUGCUACUGAAACUGUUCAUAUUUUUAAAUUAGGUUCAGAUGAUGAAUCAAAUACCAACAAUAAUAAUCAACAACAAAAUACUGGUGAAUAUGCAGUUUCAGAUGAAUUAGAUCCAUCAAGUUUUGAAAAUCCUAAAAAUAUAAUGAAAAGAGUUGAAAGUUCAGGUAGUGAAGCAAGUCAAUCAAGUUCCAAAAAUAGAAGAAUAUCAAAUGCUUCAUAUGAUUCAGUAAAUAGUAAUGAUAUUACAGAAGAUCGAAUUGAACCAUUAAUUGAUAUCUCUAGAAGAAGUGUUGGUAGAAUGAUUAGAAAAUCUUCACAAAAUAUUGGUAAAAAAGCUGCAGAAAAAAUUGGUACAUUUUUACCACCAAAAUUAACUUCAAUGCUUGAACCAAGUAGACAUUUUGCAUCAUUAAAAGUUCCAGCUUCUUCAGGUAUUAAAAAUAUUGUUUCUGUGGGGAAAGAAUUACAAAUUCCAAAAUCUGGAUUACCUUCUGUAUUUACAGAUCAAUCAAAUUUAGAUGAUAAUAUUGAUAAUGAUGAAGAUAAUGAUCAAUUGAAAUUUAGUAAUAAUAAUGUUAAUACAUCAAAUAUAAGUGAAACUAGUCAAGAUGAUGGCUAUUUAAAAUUGAUUCAUGUUUCUGUUGUUAGUUCUGAAGGUUAUUUCUAUAAUUAUGGAUUAGAUCCUGAACGUGGGGGUGAUUGUAUUCUUUUAAAUCAAUAUUCCCUUACAGAUAAUCAAUGA